AUGAAGAAGUCCCUCCCUUCAAAUGCCAAGAUCUCAAAGGAAGCCAAGGAAACUGUCCAGGAGUGCGUGCCUGAGUUCAUAAGCUUCGUCACAGGCAAAGCGUCCUACAAGUGCCAGAGGGAGAAGAGGAAGACUAUCAAUGGGGAUGACCUUCCUUGGGCCAUGAAAACCACUAGCAGAUCCACCGAGGCGCAAGGAGGGGUCGCGUCCAUGACUAGACAAGAAGAAGACCCUUCUCAACAACAGCAGCAACAUCACAACACUUCAAACACCAAUCUGCAGCAUGGUUCUAACAAUGAUCAAACGAACGCAGUUCUUAAUGCCAAUAAUAUUUCUAUGUCAACCUCCAAGGUGGAUCUUUUCAAUGGUGGCUUCUAUUUUCUUGAGGGACAACAGCAACAACAACAAGUGACUCAAAACUACAAUUUGGUGAGUGCUGGGACUUACAAUUUGAGUAGGAUUAAUGAGAGUGGAGAUGUGAAUGGAAACAGAGAUUUGGCAACUCAUCAUCUUCAUAAUGGCAUAGGAUGGUAG